AUCUCAAUUAAGCUACCUUCAGUGCAAGAAGCAAAACAGGUUUGAACUAAUUGAGUUUGUUUUUGUUUCUAACUCUAACAAAUGGAGGGAGGGAGAGGAGUUGUGAAUGGAAACCCUUCAAACGCAGAUGUUCGGUACAGAGGAAUUCGUAGGAGGCCAUGGGGCAAGUUUGCAGCAGAGAUUCGUGACCCCACGAGAAAAGGGGCUCGCAUAUGGCUUGGAACCUUUGACACUGCUGAACAAGCUGCACGUGCUUAUGAUGCUGCUGCUUUUCAUUUUAGGGGUCACAAGGCCAUACUCAACUUCCCAAAUGAGUAUGGUAAUGUCACUCCUAAUCCAAAUAACAAUUAUUCUUCAACUUCUUUGCCUCUUCCUUUGUUGUCGUCUUCCUCUUCUUCUUCUUCUUCUUUCCCUUCCUACUAUGGCGAGGGUUCGUCGCAACAACAACAAGGAAAUGAUGAUGACACUUUUGAAUUGGAAUGCUUGGACAAUAAGUUGUUGGAAGAACUCCUUCAGCAGGCGCCUGAUCGUUCAGGCAACUGAUCGAUCAAAUUAACAACUAGUUAUAGCUGCUGGAGAUUGGUCCUGCUUUAAUUAUGUGCAUUAUAUUGGCAUGCAACAAAUUAAAGCCAUCUGUGUGGUUUCUAUCUUUUGUUUUUGUUAAUGUUUCUCAAAGUUAAAGCUAUUUCAAACCUUCGGAUUGGUUAUUAUCAUAAUUGUAGAAUUUAGGUCACACAAAUAAAGAGUAUAUUUAAUGUUUUGCGGUGAGUAGUGGCCUAUCCUAUUAGUAUGAUACACACGUUACUGAUUUCUGAUGAACACUACACCUAUACUGAUCAGAGGGUAUGUAUGAAAAACUCUGAUCAGCCUCUUUUUUCUUUUUUCAAUAGAAUGAAGGCUAAUUAACGGGAAUUUGGUCCAAAAUUAAUUCCAUUAAUCUUGAGCAAUGGAUUAUUCUUAGCAUUAUAAUCCGGCCAAACUUGGGAUUAUUUGCUAGUGUGUU